UUCUUUCAGGUACGGAAAGGCUCUAAUCCAAGAAUGGUUCCAGCGUCUGUCUUGUUUGAGUCACUUCCGGGGCGGAGCGGAAGUUGCUUUGUUUUGCUUCAAGAUGGCUGCUGGGAUGUAUUUGGAACAUUAUCUGGACAGUAUUGAAAACCUCCCGUUUGAAUUACAGAGAAACUUUCAGUUGAUGAGGGACCUAGACCAAAGGACAGAGGACCUGAAGGCUGAAAUUGACAAGUUGGCCACUGAAUACAUGAGUAGCGCCCGCAGCCUGAGCUCCGAGGAGAAACUGGCCCUUCUCAGACAGAUCCAGGAGGCCUAUGGCAAGUGCAAGGAGUUUGGUGACGACAAGGUGCAGCUUGCCAUGCAGACCUAUGAGAUGGUGGACAAACACAUUCGGCGGCUGGACACAGACCUGGCCCGUUUUGAGGCUGAUCUGAAGGAGAAGCAGAUCGAGUCAAGUGAUUAUGACAGCUCUUCCAGCAAAGGCAAAAAGAAAGGCCGGACCCAAAAGGAGAAAAAAGCUGCCCGAGCCCGUUCCAAAGGGAAGAACUCAGACGAAGAGGCCCCCAAGGCUGCCCAGAAGAAGUUAAAACUUGUGCGCACAAGCCCUGAUUAUGGGAUGCCCUCAGUGACCUUUGGCAGUGUCCACCCCUCUGAUGUGUUGGAUAUGCCUGUGGAUCCCAACGAACCCACAUAUUGCCUUUGUCACCAGGUCUCCUAUGGAGAGAUGAUCGGCUGUGACAACCCAGAUUGUUCCAUCGAGUGGUUCCACUUUGCCUGUGUGGGGCUGACAACCAAGCCUCGAGGGAAAUGGUUUUGCCCACGCUGCUCCCAAGAACGGAAGAAGAAAUAGGUUUCCUUGGAUUCCGACACAGAUUUCUUCUGAAUCCCCCUGACCUGGGCUAGUGGACAGAGAGGAAUGCCCCCGCUGGGGACUGGGGGUCCAGGGAGAUACCGACAGUGCAGUACCGUCAUCCCUUCUCCUUUCCCCCACUCCUGGUGCUGAGGCUGCAGCCAAACCCCAGUAGGGAGGGUGCCACAGCCACUGAUGGUAUGUGCUCUCCUUCCGCCCUGUCCUUCAGAGGAAGUAGUCCCGCUCACUGACCUUUCGCCUCUGUGGUGAGGCUGGUGCUGUAUUUCAGAGGGAGGGCCCUUGUCAUUCCCUUUGCUUUGUAUUUAAGGACUGGGGCAGUGGAGUAGGGCGC